UGGCAGCAGAUUGAGUGGAUGGCAGUUUUGGGUGAGUGUGGGCUGGCAUUGGCAUUGCAGAAUGAACUGUUUUGCUAUAGAGUGAGGCAGUGGUAAAUGGCUUUCUUAAUAAUCGUAUAAUGGCGAUGAAAUUGAAAUCUAGAGUUGCCUAUGCAGCUUCCCGAUAUAGCACUUAUGCAUUGCAUCAACUCUACUUCCUCGCCAACAAACACAAUGGGAUUCUUCUUCUUCUCUUCUUCUUGCAUCAUCGAAGACAAGGACCUUCUCCAAAAGAGCUUGCAUCCCUCAGGAACUGGUCUUCACGUUCUGGACCUCCUCGAUCAGGGUUCUCUGGAACCCCACGAACUCUCUACCAUCUCUUGCUCAAAAAAUGCACCCGAUUGAGAAAGCCCAAACUAGGCAAAAUCGUUCAUGCCCACAUCCUGAACUCCCUCUUCCGCCAUGAUCUCGUCAUCCUUAAUUCCCUCCUCAACAUGUACGCGAAGUGUGGCUGCUUGGACGAUGCCCGCAAUCUGUUCGACCAAAUGCCUGUCAAAGACAUGGUCUCGUGGACUACCUUGAUCACUGCGUAUUCUCAUCAUGGUUUCCCUUUCCAUGCUAUCCUUUUGUUUCCUCACAUGCUCUCCCUGGGUUUCUUUCCCAAUCAGUUCACCUUGUCUAGCCUUUUAAAGGCCUCCGCCGCCCUCCCUAACGCGCCCCACAUCAACUUCCACGGUGCCCAACUCCAUGCUUUUUGUUUCAAGUGUGGUUUACACUCCAACGUUUACGUGGGCAGCUCCCUUUUGGACAUGUAUGCUCGCUGUGGUUGCAUGGAUGAAGCCCGCCUCGUCUUUGAUGCUCUCCAUUCCAAGAACGAGGUCUCAUGGAAUGCUUUGAUUGCUGGCCACGCUAGGAAGGGCCAAGCUGACCAUGCACUUUGGCUCUUUCGGAAGAUGCUUAGGCAAGAUUUUCAACCUCAUUUCACCUUUUGCAGCAUUUUUGGUGCCUGUGCCUCCACGGGAUCUCUGGAACAAGGCAAAUGGGUUCAUGCCCACGUGAUCAAAUCCGGGGGAGAGAUCGUUGCUUUUAUGGGGAACACCCUUCUCCACAUGUAUGCAAAAUCUGGUAGUAUCCAAGAUGCUAAAAAGAUUUUUGAUAGGUUGGUAAAAAGUGAUGUGGUCUCUUGGAAUUCCAUGCUCACUGCAUAUGCUCAGCAUGGGCUUGGCAAGGAAGCGUUGCAAUGGUUUCAAGAAAUGCUAAGGAUUGGAGUUGCACCUAAUGACAUAACAUUUCUGUGUCUUCUUACUGCUUGUAGUCGUGCUGGACUCUUGGACCAAGGACAGUACUAUUUCAAGUUGAUGAGUAAUUACAACAUUGAACCACAGAUUUCACAUUAUGUUACCAUUGUUGAUCUCUUUGGUCGAGCUGGUCUUCUUGACAAAGCCGAAAGGUUUAUAAGAGAAAUGCCAAUCAAACCCACUGCAGCUGUUUGGGGAGCAUUACUUGGUGCAUGUAGGAUGCAUAAGAAUAUGGAGUUGGGCACUUAUGCUGCUGAACGUGUUUUUGAGCUUGAUCCCCACGAUUCUGGACCCCUUGUCUUGCUCUCUAAUAUUUAUGCCUCUGCAGGUAGAUGGAGUGAUGCCGCUAAAGUGAGAAAAAAUGAUGAAAGAGAGCGGGGUAAAAAAGGAGCUGCUUGUAGUUGGGUGGAAAUUGAGAAUACAGUCCAUGUGUUCGUGGCAAAUGAUGGCCAUCCACAGAUGGAGGAAAUCCAGAAAAUGUGGGAUGAGAUUAGCGUAAGAAUCAAGGAAAUCGGAUAUGUCCCAGACAUUAGCCAUGUGCUUUUCUACAUGGACCAGCAGGAGAGGCAAGUAAAGUUGCAGUACCAUAGCGAGAAGCUUGCGUUGGCAUUUGCACUUCUCAACUCUCCUCCUGGAUCCACAAUUCGUAUUAAGAAGAAUAUCAGAGUUUGUGGUGACUGCCAUUCAGCAAUUAAAUUUGUGUCGCAAGUGGUGAGAAGGGAAAUCAUCGUAAGAGAUACCAAUCGGUUCCAUCAUUUCCGUGGUGGCUCUUGUUCUUGUGGGGACUACUGGUAAUGCCUGUUGUGGUUAUGAACCAAGAAUGCUUGUUGAUGUGCUUAGAGCUGACAGAAUGUGGACCACGCGUUGACCUCCUGUUUUGAAAUGAAAGUAAGUUAGUUGUUAAGCAAGUCCCGUCCUGAGAUGGCGGUGAUUAUAGGAUGCAAAGUUGAGGACAAAAUAAUGUCCUGUAGACCACAAAAUGAGAUGACAAGGUACAGUGAAAUCUCAUAUGUUCCCUUGCCUCUCUGGUAAAGAUAUAGUUUAAUUGCUGAAAGCUCAAUCAUGGUUGCUUGCAAAUGUGGAAACCCAGGAAAAUCACGUGAAAGGCUGUAUAUUUUGGAGAAAAUAUGGUCCGUGGCAUUGAAUGUAAACCGUUUCCCAUACGGGUGAUGUUUUUGAGUACCAUAUCUGGACUGGAGUAUUACAUCUGUAUUAGUGAUAUGAAUAGGAAGCCAAGCGGCAAAGUGUGGACUGCUGGGAUGGAAGGACAGAUAAGGUUUUGUUCUUAUAAAUAAACAUUCAGUAAUUCUUUGGCAUUUUCUUUUACCAUAUCUCAUAUAAUAUCAUUUCGCUUUUCAAGGAAGAAAAGAAUUGCUGCAAAUCAGAUUGGUUGAGCUUUGUAUUCAAGAUCUGAUUGUGAAAUUGGCAAAUGAAUGAGAAGUAGCUCGUGCUCCCUGUUUCUGUGCUCAGAUUGGUAUCCUCAUGGUUUCAUCAGGAUUACUUCAUCGUCUCACAUUUGCGAACAGAGUAGUUGCCAUUAUGAUAUUGCAAGGAAUUGGUCUUUCAGUUUCAGUAAUUUAUACCAAUGUUGUGGCAAACUGAAUAGAGGAUUCAACAGAUUAAAAAUGGAACGAAAAAAGUGGCAUCUGGUGCUAAAAUUAGGGUGGAGAGCUGAAAGAAUGAGGAUUGAGCAAACGCAAAAGCAGGAAACCACACAUUUGCAAUCUGGUUCGGCAGGCCGCAUGCAUAUGUGGUUGAGACGGUUGUGUUUUAGCUUAAAUUGGCGUAGCGUGUGAGGCUGAGCAAAGCUUAAUCAUCAUCGUUUUCAGUUUGCAGUUUUCGACAGGCACAAGACCAACACCACACCAUCAGUUUGAAUGGAAACAAACUGUCCCUUGAACAUCACCAGAAACCUGGAAGAAAUGGAAAGGGAGCAGAAGAAGAAGAAGAAGAAGAAGAGAGGAAGAGCAGAGGAAGAUUCUUAUUACAAGAAGUAUUUACACCAGGCUGCCAAAAUACGAGAUAUGGAGCAUUGCAAUAACAG